ACAACACAUACAUUCCUCCUCGCAGCGAUUCUAGAGACGGAGGCGUAGGGCUUGACAGAAAGCAAGAGAGCUGAGAAAAUGGUGUCAGGAUCGGGAAUAUGCGCAAAGGAGGUGGUUGUUGAUGCUCGCCAUCACAUGCUUGGUCGGUUAUCGUCGAUUCUGGCUAAAGAACUUCUCAACGGCCAGAGAGUCACCGUCGUUAGAUGUGAAGAAAUCUGUCUUUCCGGCGGCCUUGUUCGUCAGAAAAUGAAGUACCUCCGUUUUCUUCGUAAGCGUAUGAACACCAAGCCGUCACACGGUCCUAUCCAUUUCCGUGCUCCUUCUAAGAUCCUCUGGCGUACCAUCCGAGGAAUGAUUCCACACAAGACUAAGCGUGGAGCUGCUGCUCUUGCAAGGUUGAAGGUUUAUGAAGGGGUCCCUACUCCUUACAACAGGAAGAAGAGAAUGGUCAUCCCUGAUGCUCUCAAGGUUUUAAGGCUAACAGCUGGACAUAAGUACUGCUUAUUGGGCCGUUUAUCUUCUGAGGUUGGAUGGAAUCAUUAUGAAACCAUCAAGGAUCUUGAGAAGAAGAGGAAGGAAAAAGCUCAAGUGGUGUAUGAGAGGAAGAAGCAGCUUAAUAAACUGCGUGCAAAGGCAGAAAAGGCUGCAGAAGAGAAACUUGGGGCACAACUUGAGAUCCUUGCCCCUGUUACCUACUAAAGGUUUUGAUCUUAGUUUCUGUCUAGGAAUUUUUGUGUUUGAUGCUGGAGACUAUUUAUAUCUUUAUUUGCAAUAUGAGAAUUUAUCGUUUCAGAUUUAA